AUGGCUGGCCAUGAGCCUCGAACAGAUGGGGACGUGAAUUGGGGCCCGGUGAUAAACUCCAUUGUGUGGGUUGAGUUCACCAUUGCGCUGCUGCUCGUCAUAUCGCGGAUAUUCAGCCGGACGAAAUUGAACAGAUUCUGGGGGCGAGAUGAUGUGUUUAUGUGCCUAACGAUGCUCAACGCAGCGUCCCAUUCCGUUUUGCUCAGUAUCAGCGUCAGACACGGCACAGGCCGACAUGAGGUCUACCUUACGGACAACGACAGAAUCCAAGCCAACCGAUUCAACUGGAUAUCCCAAGGCUUUGGAAUAAUGGCUGCAAAUUGGGGAAAGGUCUCGGUCGUCCUAUUUCUGCUCCGAGUCGUGGACAGAGCGAAAGAGCAAAAGAAAGCCUUUUACGGAGGAGCGAUCUUGCUUACAAUAGUGAACAUCCUGUGUGUCUACUCGUACUACCACCAGUGUAAACCGACUGCGGCUCUUUGGGACAAUCGGAUCAAGGGGAAAUGCUGGCCGCCAGAGAUCCAGCGGGAUUACGCAUAUUUCCAAGGCUGUCUUGGUUGCGUCACGGCACUUGGUAUAGCUGCAAUGGCUGCUACGACUGCCAGAACAGUUCUCCUGGCACGAUUAUCCGUACAAAAUGAUUAUACCUUCAACAGCAUCGCCCUAACCAUCUACAUCGCCACGGAACAAUACUUAAUCAUAAUCGCUGCAUGCAUCCCAACCCUCGGACCACUAGUCACAGCGCUCCGCGAACGAACUUCCGCCUCAUCUCCAAACGGCUCCUUGACUCAACGACCAAAUCGACCGCAUGGUCACCAUCAGCACAGCCGCAGCAAAAAUAGGAGCCACGGUGGCAAGCUGAUGCUUACAGGGUCAGACGCUCAGAUCUAUCCUCUUAGCGAGUACCAGGGAUGGGUAGGCGGGAGUCGAUCGAGCUCCAGCGGCAGUGAUGGUGCCAACGAUUCCACCGAAAAUAUUGUUCCAGGCUAUAUAACAAAAACUAUGGAGGUUCGUGUGAAUAGUUUUCAGGAGCUGGAUGAGUCCGAAAACGACAUAUCUCUGGCUCGAGGACCGUCCAAUGAGGUAUGA